AGGCAGUGACUGGCGGCCGUGACACAUGUGUUUAUGUACGCUAUAUACUAAACAUUGAUACAUAUCACAUCGCUACCAGGACAUGGCACACACAGUUACAAUAUUUGUGUAGACUUUGGCCCCAGUUAUGUAAGGCGAGGAUUAACGUGUUAAAAGGCGAGUACACUUCAUUUCGUACACGGAUCGGUAUUAAUUAACGAUACAAGUAAUUCUUAAUAAAACGGUAAUGUAUUUAUUUUGCUGUAUUUACAGACUGAACCUCCUCCAGAUGACAUAGGCGGACAUGGUGUGUUGAACUUGGUGACAACAUUUCGUGGAUAUUUUACACUAGAGCAGACUUUAAAAUGGAUGUGGUACAAUUUCUGAGUUUGGAUUUAUUUUUGAUAUGUGUCUUGUGCACGUGCAUGGUCCCGGGGGUAGGGGCGAAGGAUGUGGCGUAUUUUCUCGCAGAAGAGGAACAAGCUAACUUCUACCUAGGAAAUGUUGCUGCUGAUGCUGACCUUGCUUCAGAGGCGACUAAUCCCGCCGACCUCAACUCCAUGAAAUACAGUUUUCUUACCCAAAGUAACAACAACGAAGAAAACUCUUUAGUAUCUUUGUUCCACAUCAAUGAGAGACAGAGCUCUCUCUAUACCGCCCAGCAGCUAGACAGGGAAAAUCUUUGUGAGUAUAAGGAUGAAUGUGUUUUGGAAUUAGAGGUGAUCGCGAGAUCCACAUCCGGAAGUCUUUACAAGAAAAUCAAAGUUUCUAUAACUCUUCUGGAUAUUAACGAUAAUUCUCCAUCCUUUUCUGUGCCAUCUAUAACUCGUGAUAUUUCGGAGGGGUCCCUAACGGGGUUUUACAUCCCCAUCGAGGCGGCUAAGGACGCUGACACAGGUAAUUUUUCGAUCCAGUACUACAUACUAGAACCCCCAUCGUCCCCCUUUACUGUGGGGUACCAGGAAUUUGUAGACGGCACCUACAGUGUCCGAAUCGUCUUGGACGGGCAACUGGACAGAGAAACCACUAGUUCGUAUAAGGUGAACGUAAUCGCCCGGGACGGAGGGGAACCCCCUAAAACCGGGGUUCUGGAGGUUAUAAUUAAUGUUUUGGAUAUCAAUGAUAAUCGCCCCAGAUUCAAUACCCAAAUGUACAACGUCACUGUCAAUGAAGACGUUGCUGUAAACACGACGAUCACAACCGUGUUCGCUGAUGAUCCUGACCAGGGUGAAAACGGACGGGUAACGUACAAGCUCAGUCCUAACCAGGCCGAGAAGAUCCCUACCCUCUUCACUAUUGACGAGUCCUCGGGUGACGUCAUCAUCGUAGGGUCCCUCAUCUACGAGCCAGGCAAGAGUUACACCAUCAUCGUGGAAGCCUCAGACAACGCCUUACAGCCUUUGAUUUCACAGUCUAAAGUAUUCAUACAUGUUCUAGACGUACAUAACAACCCGCCAGAGAUCAGUAUAGACCCCCUCUCUAACACGGAAGAUUCAGAGAUUCUGGAAAAUGCGAUAUUGGACACUGCUGUUGCUCACAUCACUAUCUUUGAUCCCGAUACAGGUAAGAACGGCAUCGUAAACUGCUCAGUUGUGAACAGUGACAAGUUCACGUUGCAAAGGUUCGCGGUUCACGAGUACAAGGUUGUGUUGUCCCAGGCUCUGAACCGCGAGAUUAAAGACAGAUACGAGGUGACGGUUCACUGUCAUGAUAUCGGUACCCCACAACUCAAUGCCUCCGCCAUGUUUGUUGUGCACGUGAUGGACAUCAAUGACAACACCCCGAAGUUCACGCAACAACAGUACUUCGUCAGCGUCCAAGAAAAUAAAUCACUCACCUCUAGUGUCAUGCAGGUCGCUGCCAAUGACUUCGACAACGGCAAAAACGCAGAAGUCAUGUUCUCAUUGGAUUCGGAAGGACAGAAAUAUUUCAGAAUAAGUGAAACAUCUGGAGUGAUAACUGUUAAUUCUGUUUUGGAUCGAGAAACUGUUAGUCAGAUUUCUUUCUCUGUGUUUGCUGCCGAUAAAGGCUCGCCCAGUUUGACCGGAAGUGCCCAGGUGAGGAUGAUUGUAACGGACGUCAACGACAACAAACCUGAAUUCAUGGAGGAUACAUUUGAGUACAAUUUGGAGGAAAAUAACCACGUGAACAUCAAUAUUGGUGUACUAGUGGCGAAUGAUAAAGAUGACGGGAACAAUAGUCAGAUCACCUACUCUAUCCAUCCUAACUACCAUGCAGGGAUUCCCUUCGCCAUCAUGCCCAAUGGCAGCAUCUUAGCCACUCAGGUCAUAGAUAGGGAGGCAAAGGCAAGGUACGAUUUCACCGUUAUUGCCGAGGACAUGGGGAACCCAUCUCUCCGAAACUCCGCGCACGUGACGGUGUUCGUAUUGGACGUUAAUGACAAUAACCCCGAAUUUGUCUUUCCGAACGCCCACAAUAAUACUGUGGUCAUCUCCUACCAGACACCGGUCAAUACCAUUGUGUCCACUGUCGAAACUAGGGAUAUCGACGAAGGUAUGAACUCUAGAGUGACGUAUUUCAUGAAGGACAAGAACUUUUCUCAUAUUUUCAAGUUGAAUAAUCUCUCUGGGCGUAUUGUACUGGAUAAAGCGUUAACUGUGGCGGAUGCGAAGAAAUAUACAUUCGGAAUCAUUGCCCAGGAUAAGGGAACCCCUCCUAGGAUAAACGAGAUUGCCAUGUCCAUAGUGGUCACUACUCAGAAGAUUGGAGGUGACGUCACACCACCGGAAGUGAAUCGUCAGUAUUUCCUUAUCGCUGUUGCCAUUUCCUGUGUGACGGCUGUCAUCGCCAUUGUCAUCAUUCUGACCAUUUGUCUUAUCAAACGAGCUGAUAGGAUAAAACAGAGGUAUUCCGAAACUAAGGAUAAUUCGGAUGGACCUCUAGGGAGACAGGAAACGAGGAAGAAGGUCAGCUUCAGUAUCGAUGACAGAGCCAUGACAACCAUGCCCGGGGGUCGGUCCAGCGCUCACGAGAAUCACCUAUAUCCGGAGAUACCCGCAGGAUCUAUCCAGGUGUCGUUGAAGAAUCCAGACCGCGGUCACGAGAGCGAUAGUGGACAGGGAAGUCUGGACAGCGGCGACAGGCGGCAUCACCAGCUCACAAGCCUCCAGCUCCAUCACGCUCUGCUGACCUCGCCCAGCGGCUCUAAGAACCGGUCAACCGUAUCACACAUGUCACCUCCCUUGUCAGGACUCAUUACUCACCAGGAGGCGGAUAACCAUAGCGACCUGUCGGGCGAGGCAAACACAAGCGACAGUGGGCGUGGCGGUAGUGAUGAUGACCUCAAUACCAGCUGCAUCCUAUCAUAUUCGGGAGACUUCGAUCACUUGGCGCAUAGUCCCCGAGGGAAACACACGCCUAGAGGCAGUUCAAAAAGCGCAGGCAAGCGUGAGGAACUAUUUCCGCUUCCGGAACAUGAUUAUGGACAAUUAAAUCAUAUGAAGCCAACUUUAGCUCCACUAUCGUUUGGAGAUAGAUUUUUUAAUUACGAAAGCAAUCAGGGUGGACUUUCUCCCGUUAAAUUUGGAGGUGUGUCCCCAACCGGAAAUUCGUUUAUACUUAGUGGAAACGACGACAGUACAACGACUUCCGGAAGUUACGUAUUGGAUCACGAGGACGAUUAUGUUGACGUCGUGAGACCUAGUAGACAAUGCAUUGUAUAACAUCCGGUCUGAGGGCCAGAACUGGAGGGUUUCGGAUAUGUUUCCAGUCCCCGAAAAAAUGACGUCCCUUCAUGUCUUUAGAUUGCCGUCCGAACCACGCCUGCCAAACUGACAAACCGUCACUAUCUAUCCUAACGCCAAGUCUACCGAGUCAACUGCACAGUCCCUUUCACACAG